ACCUUUAGCGCUCUUCAGAGGGGAGGAGUUCAAACUGUUUGUGUCCAGGAUGUGAAGGGUCUGCAGAUUAAUGAUUAAUGGCAGUGUCAUUGAUUGGCACAAUCUUAUCAAAUUUAUUUUAUGGCAAGUUUACAGUAUUAAUAAUGCUGGUGGUUUCCUGAUAUGAUACGGCAAAAUAUCUGUUUAGCAAAAUGCCCAUAAAUAAGAAAUCGGAUGAAUCUUUAAAAAUGCUAAUAAAUAACAGUAAAUACAGUUUUAAAAUAUUUUUUUUUCAUUCUGUUUAACUUUGUUCAUUUAUUGACUCAGCUCUGGAUACCAGAGGGAAGAUGUUGAAAGUGCUGGUGUCACUGGUGAAGCUGGUUCUGCUGCUGGGUUUCCUCUACAUGUUCAUCUGCUCCCUUGACAUCCUCAGCUCUGCUUUCCAGCUUGUUGGAGGUAAAACAGCAGGUGACAUUUUUCAGGACAACUCAGUUUUGUCCAACCCUUUGGCUGGCCUGGUUAUUGGUGUUCUAGUGACUCUGCUGGUUCAGAGCUCGUCCACUUCCUCCUCCAUAGUUGUCAGCAUGGUCUCCUCUGGCUUGCUAACGGUCCAGGUAGCUGUUCCUGUCAUCAUGGGCACCAACAUUGGGACCUCUGUCACCAACACACUAGUUGCGAUGAUGCAGGCUGGUGACCGCAGCACCUUUCGCAGGGCUUUUGCUGGGGCCACAGUGCAUGACUUCUUCAACUGGCUGUCUGUGCUGGUGCUGCUACCUCUGGAGGUCGCCACUGGUUAUUUGUACGUGGUCACAAAGCUCAUCAUCGACUCCUUUAGAAUCCAGAGUGGAGAAGCCCCAGACCUGCUGAAUGUGAUCACUGAUAUCCUCACUGAGUCGAUCAUACAGCUGGAUGAGUCUGUCAUUAGUGGGAUUGCCGUCGGAGACCCAGAGGCCAGGAAUAAGAGUCUCAUCAAGAAAUGGUGCCAAACCUUCACCAACACAACCUUAAUGAACGUUACAGUUCCCGGUCCAGAGAACUGUAACUCUCUGUCUCACUGCUGGGUUGACGGCAACUACACCUUCACACUGAAGAACAUUUCUGAAACAUACAACAUCCAGAAAUGCAAGCACCUCUUUGUAGAUGUAAAUCUGUCUGACCUGGUGGUGGGUGUGAUCUUGCUGACUUUCUCUCUGCUGGUGCUCUGCUCCUGCCUGGUCCUCAUUGUCAAACUGCUCAACUCCAUGCUAAAGGGGCAGGUGGCUGCCGUCAUCAAGAAGAUCCUCAACACUGAUUUUCCAUUUCCAUUUGGUUGGGUCACUGGUUACAUUGCCAUUGCAGUCGGAGCUGGAAUGACCUUCAUUGUGCAGAGCAGUUCAGUUUUCACCGCAGCCAUUACUCCACUUGUUGGUAUUGGUGUCAUCAGCAUAGAGAGAGCAUAUCCAUUGUCUAUAGGAUCAAAUAUUGGCACGACCACCACAGCCAUCCUGGCAGCCUUGGCCAGUCCUGGAGACAGACUGACUAAUGCUCUACAGAUUGCCCUUGUGCACUUCCUGUUCAACCUCUCUGGACUCAUUCUGUGGUAUCCAAUCCCCUUCACCCGCAUCCCUAUCCGGUUGGCUAGAGGUCUGGGCAACAUCACUGCGACCUAUCGCUGGGUUGCUGUUGUCUACAUCAUCAGCUGCUUCUUCCUUUUACCACUCUUUGUCUUCAGCCUGUCACUGGCUGGUUGGCAGGUACUGGUAGGUGUGGGUGCACCUCUAGUUGUCAUAUUGAUCAUCAUCAUAGUUAUCAAUGUGCUGCAGACAAGGCAACCUGGGUGCUUGCCUACAGUGCUGCGAUCCUGGGAGUUCCUCCCUCUCUGGGCCCACUCCCUUGCGCCCUGGGAUAAAAUGGUUGGUGUAAUUAGUGCCAAAUGCUGUUGCUGCUGCAAAUGCUGCCAACUUACUGCAGAUGACCAAGAAAACGGAGAGAAAGAAUCUGAGGAAAAGAACAAUAACCCUCACACACAUGUGUAUGAUAACCCUGCAAAGAGUGAUGAAAGAGAGGUAGACAAUCAAAUGACGAUAAACAUUCAGAAAAUGACCCGGUUGUGA